CACACGAUCCCUCCCAAUGCCCUCAAGCUCAUGACGCAUUGCGCCGACCAAAGAGCAGCCCGGACCAACAUAUCACUCCCCUCCAACCCUCUCCAGUUCCCAUUCUUCCAUUCCUCCAUCCCUCUCCCUCCCUCUUCUCCCAUCCUCCAUCCCAAGCAAUUCCUCAAAUUCUCAUUGUACAACUCUAGUGGAGACAAGUAUUAGGGGGAAAGAAAGCUUUGACGUUUCUUUUGGCGGUGGGGAGUGGGAGGAGGGGCGCUUUGGAGAGGGACCAGCGAAGGGAUCCUGAUCCAUGAACCGGUCCCCAUCCCUGUCGGCGAAGCGCGAAGCGAACCCGAACCCGAGCGCCCUCCGGCGAUGGGUGCUGGCCUUCUGCGUGAUCCGGUUCGACCUGGAGCAAGGGCAGACGGUGGAGGAGUGCUACCCCCCGGACUCCCUCCCCCCCGACCAGCAGCUCCUCGUCGCCUUCUCCUCCUUCCCCGACUCCAUGUCCCACCACCACCCACGCCACCGCUCCUCCAUCCACGACUCCAUCUUCUCCUUCCGCUUCCCCGCCGCCGGCGCCGGCUCUUUUAUCUAUGGCUACGUCUUCAACCGGCAGCGCCAGGACGCGCGUCUCCCCCGCGGCGGCGAGCAGAAGUCGGUGGUCGUGCUCUCCUUCUACCCUUACUCCUCCGUCUUCCGGCCCCUCCUCCAGAUCCUCGCCCCCUUGUGCUUCGACAUUGGCAGCGCCGCCCUCGACCUCGUCGCCUCCUACGUCGCCGCCUGGCCUCCCCCCACCCCCGGCUCCCACAUGGACCUUCCCAUCGGCAGCUCCGCCCUCCGCGUCCACCUUCCACCCUCCGGACGACCUCGCCGCCGCCCCUUCCCCCCCGCCAACCCUUCCGUCCCGCACGGCCUCUUCCACGACGCGGACCUUUUCGCCGCCUUCCGCGGCCUCCUCCUCCACCUCUGGACUCUCUGGGAGCUCAUGCUUCUUGGCGAGCCCAUCCUCGUCGUCGCCCCCACCCCUCCCCAGUGCUCCGAGGCCGUCGCCGCCCUCGUCAGCCUCGUCGCCCCUCUCCUUUGCAGCGCCGACUUCCGCCCCUACUUCACUAUCCACGACCCCGACUUCGCCCGCCUUAAUUCCCUCCGCGAGGGCGACAGCUUCCCUCCCAUGGUCCUCGGUGUCACCAAUCUCUUCUUCUUGAAGUCCCUCAAGAACAUCCCUCACGUUAUCUCGGUCGGGAGUCCGAGCCCUAGUUCCACGCGGGUGCUUCCCGUGGCCUCGCGCUCCUCUUCCGCGGGCACCGGGAGGAACACCAGGCACGGCAAGCUCAACCUCGAGCAGCUCUCGCUCAACAAGUUUGCACCUUCCAGCUUGCUGAAUGCCAUGAAGCUGAGGAGAGAGGGUCCUCUUUCCCUCAUGACGGAGCACAAGGAAGCCGUUUGGAGCACCUACUCGGCGACGACGAAGCCGGACACUGCGAUUCUGAACAGGCUCCUCGAUGCAGGGACAUCUGCGAGGGUCGAGGAGUCCAUGUCGGUUGUGAAUAAUGAGAUCCUGCGGCGGCAUUUCCUGGAGCUGACGACCAACUUCCUCGCCCCCUUCGGGCCAUACUUGAGAGCCACCACUCCUUCAGAGGGAAGCUCUCCUUUUGUAGAGCCGCCAUCUCUGCCUCCUUUCCAUGCUGAUGAGUUCCUCAAUGGAUUGGCCAAAAGAGGUCCGGGGAAGUUCUUAACAAAAAGGAUGAGGUCCAAUUGGCUGGACUUGUACAGGCGCUUUCUUGAAGGGCACAAUUUCAUGCCAUGGUUCCGAAGAAGGCGUGCUGCUGUCGAACAAGAACAACGUAAACUGUGGAGGCAGGCUCGGAUAAACACUGACAUACGCGAGCUUAUACCACAAAUGUCUGAAGUAGAAAUUGUCGAUACCUUUAAUGCUAUAGAGCGGCAUUUGCUUGGAGAGUCACAGCAAUCUGGAAGUCAAAGUCCAGACUCAGCAAUGGCAUGCCAGAAGCUGAAGGGAGACCUGCAGAUGGUGUUCAAUGUCCUUCCCAAGGACAUGCAACAGCUCCUGCUCUUUAAUUCUAAAAGAGCGGCUCUUCUUCAAGGUAGCCCAGAACCAAACAAGGUUCCAGGACAUCCUUCUGUACACUUAGUUUCUGAAACAAAGUUGUCUUUUUUGCCACUGUGAAGUCAGCAACCUUUCUUAGCAUUGAAUGGCCCCAAGCAAUUCCUUUUCAUUUUCGAUUGUAUAUUUUUUUAUUGUGCGCUAUAAUUUCCUUUGGUUCAUUAUUGAAGCAGUUCAGGUGCAAACUGAUAGCUUCAAGAAUGACAGGUCACGGCACAUUUACCUACAUAUUAUUACUUAAAUGAUUUUGCUUGGAGCAGGGGAGAAUGCAGGGUUUCCAUUGCAGUACACUGAACUUGUUGUGUUAGCUAGCAUUCUGGCAUUUGUAUUAUUGACCACAAGAUGACAGCUCUUGUGGUUAUAUUUUAGGU